AAAUGGCACCGAGCAGUUGGUGCAGGGAAACGGAGCAGCCGUCCCCGAGCCGCGCACACGUCCUCCCAUGGAGCUCUUUGAGACCAACCCUUACUUUUUCCCGGAGCAGAGGUUUUACGAUGGGGAAAACUUCCUGGGCUCCCGCUUGCAGAGCUAUGAGGCAGCCGCAUUUCCUGAGCGGCCCGAAGUGGCUCUGUGCCCCGAAAGCAGAGGGGCUUUGGAGGAGAAGGACUCAAUGCUACCCGAGCACUGCCCUGGGCAAUGCUUACCGUGGGCUUGCAAAAUCUGCAAGCGCAAAACCGUGUCCAUCGACCGGCGUCGGGCGGCCACGCUGCGGGAGAAGCGGAGGCUGAAAAAGGUGAACGAAGCCUUCGAGGCGCUGAAGCGCAGCACUCUGCUCAACCCCAACCAGAGGCUGCCCAAGGUGGAGAUCCUGCGCAGCGCCAUCCAGUACAUCGAGCGCCUGCAGAGCCUGCUCAGCAGCCUCAACCAGCAGGAGCGCGAGCAGAGGGAGCUGCGCUACCGCCCUGCUGCACCACAACCUGCUGCACCAAGUGAGUGCGUGCCUUAGGCUGUAGCUGGUGGU